GGUGUGGGCGGGGCUGAGCCGGGCCCGCGGAGCGGGGCCUGUUCGCUCCCUCCGCCGGUGAGCGCCGAGCCCGGGCGGGCAGGGAAGCAGGAGCGGCGGCGGCGGAGGGCUUGCCCUCACGGGAUGUCGCAGACUGCCAUGUCCGAGACCUACGAUUUCCUGUUCAAGUUCUUGGUCAUAGGAAAUGCUGGAACUGGAAAAUCCUGUUUGCUGCACCAAUUCAUUGAAAAGAAAUUCAAAGAUGACUCAAAUCAUACUAUAGGAGUGGAAUUUGGUUCAAAGAUCAUAAAUGUUGGUGGUAAAUAUGUAAAACUGCAGAUAUGGGAUACAGCAGGACAAGAGAGAUUCAGGUCUGUAACAAGGAGUUACUAUAGAGGGGCUGCAGGUGCUUUGCUUGUCUACGAUAUAACCAGCCGGGAAACCUACAAUGCACUUACUAAUUGGUUGACGGAUGCAAGAAUGUUAGCAAGUCAAAAUAUUGUGAUAAUACUGUGUGGAAACAAAAAGGAUCUUGAUGCCGAUCGCGAAGUUACGUUUUUAGAAGCGUCCCGGUUCGCACAAGAAAAUGAGCUGAUGUUCUUGGAAACAAGUGCUCUAACGGGGGAAAAUGUUGAAGAGGCCUUUGUACAGUGUGCAAGAAAAAUACUCAAUAAAAUUGAAUCAGGAGAAUUGGAUCCAGAAAGAAUGGGCUCAGGUAUUCAGUAUGGAGAUGCUGCCUUGAGACAGCUGAGAUCACCACGUAGAGCACAAGCACAGAGUGCUCAAGAAUGUGGAUGUUAGAGAAACAAAACAAAAAAUCCCAAAUACUUACUUUAGAUACAAAAGCUGUCCUUGCAACUGGUGUUUGAAGAAACAGAAAAGCUUGAAGGCUAUGCAGUUUUUAAAAGCAUCUUUCCACUAUCUACAAACAGAGCAGAUGGCUGCUGCCAGAAAGGUGUACCCUGUGGUGUGGGGCAGGAAUAUGCACAACACACAAGUCUGCAAAGUGAACUUGGUAGUUUGGACAAUAUUAAGACUUGUACCUGUAUGUAAACAUUUUCCAUUACCUGUUUUUGUUCUUUCACCUCUAGUUUAAAGCAUUGCAAUGUACUGUAAAUAAUGUAACAGUAAAUUUACAAAGCAUGGUAUACUUAUGUAUGCUGAUAGAAUGUUGCACUAUGAGCAGUUUAAUAUUUUAUUUUUUUAUCAUAUAAACAAAUUUAACCGAGGUAGGCUUUGUCACAUUUGUUUGUUGCACAAUAGUUUUUAUUUACGACCUGAAUUAUAAAACCACUGGCAACUGUCAGUGAGAGAUUGUUUUAUUUUCUCCUACUUAGUUUGCCACAUUCUAACAAGCUGUUGACAGGACCGAUUCUCAAUGUGUGCUUAGGACCCAUACUUAUGUAUGCUGAUAUAUCCAGUUAGAAAAUGAAAGUUAAAGCACAAGAGCAUUGCAAGAAUGCUACACAGAGUUAUACCAUCUUUCCUGAAAUUAGUAUUAUGUUUGUUCCCAUUGUUCUGACAUUUUUGGUUCAAAUGGAUCUGAAAAGUAUGCACCUUAGGUUUCUCUGAAUUAAACAGAAUUAAGUGUGCUUUGUACUUGAAAAGCCUGCAUUUAGUUUUAAAAAGACUGUUGGGUCCAAAAACUUUCAGGUUCUCUCUCUCCUCUGAUUGUUGUAUUUAGGAUUGGCUUUGUUACAUAACUGAUAGCAAUUAUUCCCAAGAAGUAUUCUCUUCCUGGUAAGAGUGUGAAGUGUUUUUUGAAACAGCUUAACUGUGCUUUAACAAGAACAUCAGAGAACUCCAAAGAAACUCGCCUGUCUUAAUCCUCACUCAAUUCAGUUUGGCUUUCAGAACUGCAAAAAAUUACCAAAAGCAAGUCCUCUGGAGUCAAAGUGGGAUGGAAUUGUUUCCUCCACCAGUCCAAACAGCCCAUUGUUAAGUGUGAUGUGUUUCUACCAGAGUUGCAGAGGGUGUUGGUUCCAAAACCCCAGACCAGUUCAAGAAUGCUGGGAAAAGAAGAGGUACUGGGGAAUCUGUUCCACCCCUCAUCACAACCCAAUCAGGUUUCUUGGCACACUGACAAAAGCUGGACACUUACUUACCAGCUGGGACACAGCACAAGUAAAGCUAAAGGUUGCUCUCCUAUCACUAUUACAAUGAAGUGGUGUUGGCUGUUGAUCAAAACUUCUUUCCCUUAUUACAGUAGCAAUUGAAAGGAGUAGAGGACUGUUACUUAAUUCUGUUGCUUUUAAAUAAAAAUUUCAGGGGUUUGGCAGGGAUUUUCUUGUACUUCUUCCUGUUCCUUUUCCUUUACAUAGAAGAAUGGCCUCUUUUAUAUACUUGGUUCUUAUGAUCAUUUUGGUCAAGUGUCUGCGGUUUAAAAAGUAGUAAGCAGUUUUAUUCUUUCAGUAACUGUUUUAACCUGUCCCCUUCCUGCCUGGAAGGAAAGUGUCAUUAUAAUGAGUUUGGACAUGUUUUUACCAUUUUUUAUUGUAUACUCUUACUGUAUACACAUUAACCUUGUUAAUGUGCAUGCUUUGUAGUAUCUCAGCCUUUUAUGCUGCAUAUCUUGCUGACAUUCUAAAAACAAACUUUCUAAAAUAGCAGCUCUGGAGAAAUAACUGUUGGAAGCAAUAGCUCUCACCAGUGCAAGCUCUAUUGUUUACUAUUGCUCCUCUGAGGGUCUUUUGUUUCUAAAAAUAAACAUCAUGCCAAUAUAAGCCCUGGAGUAGAUCUUAAGCUUUAGCAUUAUAGUUGACAGCAAACCAAACCUAGCUCACCUAAACAGUAAGUGAUAAAUAGGUUAUUUAUGUUUUUAGGGUAAAUUUCUUACUUUACCAAAGCAAGAUGGCUGGGAGUUUUACAUGAUAUACCACCAGGUACCUGUGUCUGAGGAUUCUUUGGAUGUGGAGCUUUGGCUGUUCAGACCUAUAAGAGAUUUAAAUGUCUUAUUAAAGCCUGUGUCUUGCCUUUUAAUGAGUCUGUUGGCCUACACUAUUUCAUUUAAUGCUUGUAUCUAGCACCAAAUAAAGAAUCCUUCUUGAUUUUC